AUGAUAGAGUAUAUGGAACAAGUGAGCCGGCAAUUCGAGCUUUGCAGUGGCUGGAAUCGAGAGAAUAGCUAUGAGAAUGUAACGGCAACGUCCGAAAACCUGCUUAAUUUUCGCAUUCCUUCAGCUUUGAAAGUACAAGUAUCGAACAAUUCCUCGCCAUACACUUUUACAACUUUCGAAUUGUCGAAUAGUAAGGUCAUCAAUGGAUCAUUAGCAUAUUUAUUCACCGAUUGUGAAGGACUCAAGCAGGCUGUGAAAGGAUCGAGAACCAUUCCGCUUCAGGAAGCAGCAGAAACAUACAGACAUAUUAGGCCAUUAAACCUGAGCAGAAGACAAGAUUUCUUUAUUAAAGAUGAAAAGGCAAGACCCGGAUUGUUUUAUGGCAGGAUGUAUUACCCAAGCUCAAUUCUCGAAGCGAUGAUCGUCAAAAGAUUCAGUUCUUACACACAAUUUGUAAUGAAGUGCGUCAGCAGUCUCUCGCAAAGUAGCAUACUAACGCUGUAUUGGCAGCGAGAUUCGGGUCAAAAUAGUCAGGAGUGGAUAUUUUCUACAAACGAAGUACUGUUUGGGUAUCGCUUGCUACACAAUUUUGCACAGAGUCAGUCAAAACUCGAUACGGCGCUUUAUAACAAUUCGUCAUUAUCCUUGGGAGCUGAAUUUUGGUUCGGCCUAUUGAACACGAGUCCCGCCUGUUCUACGACGCUUCGAUACAGUACGCAUUCAACGAAUACAGGCAGACCUUUAACGUUAACAUUGUCAUGGAAUCCGUUGUUUGGCCACAUCUCCUCGACCUAUUCCGUGAAAACUGGCUACGGAACUUCGUUUUGCUCAAAAUACGAUUUCAACUUGUACUCGAUUGACUCGAAUUUGUCCUUUGGUUGUGAAGUUUGGAGAGGUAGGAGAAAUGUACUCCAAGGGACCAGCAGUUCCGACAUUGUUCAAGUGCCUGAAUAUUCCGUCAAGCAGAUGAGCGACGCCGACAGACCUGACAACUGGAAUGCUGAAAUCAAAGCACCAAUGUACUAUCAUCUUCUUGCAGCACCGAGCCCGAAGAAUCCCGAUGAGGUGGCGAGCAUGAACAUUGAAUCAACGGUGACAAAAGUCGCUAGACCCCAGUCGAAAAUCGAAAAUUUUGCCCGCAAUCUUUACCACACCGAUUUCACUAACGUCUGGAAAUUAAGCACCAGUCUGCGAGAUAAAAACCUAAGGGUUCUUUGGGAAGGCAAGUACAAAGGCUUCUUACUUUCUAUCGGGACUGAGUUUACAAGUGCUCCCAUAAGUAUUUCAAGCAACGUUAUGGACGCACGAGAAGCGAGAGCUAUCAUAAGGCCUUCUAAAUUCGGCCUUCAGCUACAAUAUUCCCUUUGA